AUGGAGGUCCAGACUGUGCAGCCAGAGCUGGAAACCCUUCCAACCAUCAAGAUGGCUCAGACCAACCCCAUACCAGGGUCCCCGGGGCCAUGGAAGAUAACCAUUUAUGAUCAGAAGAACUUCCAGGGCACGAGGACGGAGUACACCAGCUCCUGCCCAAAUAUCUGAGCACAAGCACUUAACAAUUAUCUAAAACUACGGAUAACUUCUCCCUGAGGCCAUAUACAUAUCUUUGGCAGCUGGAUUGGUCAUGAGCAUAUCAGCUUCUGUGGACAGUAGUUUAUCCUGGAGAGAGGAAAAUAUCCUCGCUGGAAUGCCUGGAGCGGGCAUAACACCUACCACAUUGAGCGUCUCAUGUCCUUCCACUCCAUCUGUUCAGCUAAUCAUAAGGAGUCUAAAAUAAACAUCUCUGAAAAAGAAAAUUUUAUUGGACACCACUGUAUCUGUGAUGACUAUCCCUCUUUACAAGCUAUGGGUUGGUUCAACAAUGAAGUCGGUUCCAUGAAGACACAAUAUGGCGCUUUAAGUGCAAAAAUGGGAUUUGGAGCACACUUCAAUGUUAACUCAAAUUAA